AUGGCACAUCGCUUCCAUGUAGCAGCAGCAUCACUGUUUCUCGUUGUUGCUGUUCACGCUACCAUCGAUUUUGGCCCGUCUUUUCAGGACAACUGCGCCGAUCACAGCAACAAGGAUAUCAUAUGCACAGUUCGCGCCGUGGAAUGUAGCGAUGAAAGUGCGCAUAUCGAUAGCAAUGUUUCGGAUUUGUCGAACGAUACAGCAGUUGCAUUUGCGCAUGAUAUCCGGGUGGAGCCGUAUGCUCGUGCGGUCACUCGUUCAGCCAAGCAAAGCUAUCAGCUUUCAGUUGACAUAUCAUGGCAAAUGCCUCCGAAUAAUGCCGCGGCACUGAUCGCAGCAUUUGUGCUGGAGAUCGAAGACGCCGCAACGAAUAAUCGCUCCUGCUUCUACUUCGACAUCUCGAAUUCGCACUGGAACAACCAUCUUGUUGCUGCCGCUCCACGGUUUCAUUUCACAUCGGAAAGUUUGUUCGAAUUUGAUGAAAUCUAUGACAUCAGGCUGAUCAGUGUGCUGGGAAAAAAGAACCAAACAACAGUUCUACCGAAGCGUGUUCGUAUGCCACAGCAUCCUGCAAAUCCGCAAGCUUCUCGAUGGACAGGUGGAUUUCGGCGCAUUUUGGUACAUCCAGUAGCACGAACAAUACAACUAGAGUUUGUGGGUGCGCCGUUACAUUACUGUUUCGAAGGAUACGAAGUACGACUGAAGGAUGAAAGUGGUCUUGGACUGCUGCACAGCGCCAUCGUUCCCGUGGAAUCGAUGCAUGUGGAGCACAUUGACAAUCAGACUUUUCUGUUUGGAGAACAUAAUUUCACUGAUCUCGAGGUAGAUUUAUAUUUCAUACCGUCUGUUAUACCAGUGGAGCGUUCCCGAGAUGGCCGAUGCUUAUGUCCUGUAUCCGGAAGUAAUCCUUUCGACAGUCGUGUAGUGUGCUCCUGUAUUGCUGCUGAUUGGAAUAAAAUCCGCAUUCAAAGAAUGGAGAAGCUAAGCACUCUGUUUUCGGGACUGGAUAAAAAUGAUACGCUAGUUCUGUAUGUGGAAGAGUCGGGCACUGGUUACAUUUGGACGAUAUUGCUGGCAGUUGUACUUCUCGGUGUAGCUGUGCUCGUAUUUUUCCUACUUUACGUUGCUUAUCUGUACUAUGUUCGUUGCCGAAUUUCCGCGAAGACAGUUAGAAUUCGAUUUGUUUCGGAUCGGCCACCCUCAUCUACUUUAACAACUUCAUCGAGCAGCCAGGCACCCCUAAUAAAGACUGGCCGACGUAACGUGCUGCUGAUUUAUUCACAUGACAGUGUGUUGCAUGAGAAGUGUGUCAUUGCAUUUGCUGAAUAUCUACGGGACGUUUUUGGCCUUGAUGUUCAUCUUGAUAUUUGGGAUGUUGCUGAAAUUGAAUGCAACAUUGUGGGUUAUGUAAGUGGAUCGAUUCUGAAUGCUGAUAAAGUGAUUGUUAUCAAUUCUCAAGGGGCUUACUAUCACUAUCGCUGUAAAUACAUCGGCUCUAUGUUACGCCAGAGCAGUGAAACUGUACUUUGGCAGUGUCUUCGAAAAUUUGAAUUUUUUGCUUCAACUCGCCCGUCACUCAACAUUCUGGAUUGUUUGAGGCAUUCGACGGCGAUAUCGGCACGCUUCAAGUACAGCUCUCACUCGUUUCUUUUGCCGCCUCUAAGCUAUUCGCUGCAGUAUGUCAUCCCGGACAAUACUGCCGCACUUCUCUCAAAUUUAACAGAUUCGAGUAUCAGGGGCGAUCCACGAAUUAGCUCACACAAUCCAGCUUAUGCGAAGCUAGUAGCAGCUGUGGCAGAAGCAUCGAAAGCGCAAGAAAGCAAUCCAGGUUGGUUCGAAAGCAGUCAUCGGCGCGUACUUAUCUCCCCAGCCAGCAAUAAACAGCAAGGACAGGUUAUCGAGGACGAUGAGAUUGAUAGGCCGUCCGUUGACACGAGGACAGCUGAGGAAUCCGAAAGCUGUGACAUGAGCGUGUUUCAAAUUGCCAAACAGGCAGCAAUGUUUAACAAUUCGUCCGAAGAGUUUGAAUUAAUUGACGCGGAACGAGGCGGCGUAACAAUUACGACAGAGCGCUCGGGAGCGAGAUCGGAUGCAGUAAGCUCUCCGGAAAAGCGGAACUCAGCGGAAUUGCAAAAUUGUGGCAGUGAAGAGGAUGAGAUCGUGUCUUGUAGGCCCAGUGAAGUGGGCAUCGAGGAGCGCAUCAGCAGUUCUGGGAAGCUGGCGGCAUCAGCUGCUGCUGCUACUGAGCACGAUUCGGGUUUCAUCUCCGAAAAAGAUUUUGUCUAUACUUAA